UCGAAAAAUGCAGCGAAUUCGCGCGCGUGCUGCUCACGCGAAUGAACGGCUGUAGAAACGCGUUUGUUCCCGCGUAGUUCCAAACCGUCAUUUGCGUGUGUGCUGCAGUUAAAACCGUCAGCAAGUACUAUAGCCGGACGAAGAGAACUUCGGUGUCGGUGGACUGCAGAAAUGAAGCCUGCCCGAGGGAAGACGCCGAAAAAGAAGGGCCCCUCCAGGCCGGCGUCCACCGAAGCACAAGACCCGGUCGAAGUGUACUGUCGCAUCCGACCGUUGCACAAUCCCAACGAUGUCCCCGUCGUGCGCCGCAUUGACAACAAGAUUGUCCAACUCGAACCGCAGGAGACUAACGGACAGUCAAGGAACAUACUGAAGCAGUAUCGGUACACAUUCAAAUAUGUGUUUGACGCCAUGGCCUCGCAGCAAGAGCUCUUUGAGCACGUUGGCCUGCCCUUGGUCAGUGAUCUCCUUCAUGGAAAACCAGGGCUCUUGUUCACUUAUGGAAUCACGUCAUCUGGCAAGACGUACACCAUGACGGGGCAUCCGCAGGAUGGAGGCAUUCUGCCACGGUGCUUGGACGUUGUUUUUAACUCCAUCGGAGAAUACCAAGCUAGGAAAUACGUGUUCAAGCCAGACAAGCUGAAUGGCUAUGACACGCAGACAAUGGCUGAGGCCCUGGCAGAGUACCAACAGGAGAUCAUGCCUCACACACCGAAGCCACCGAAAAUAAGGAGGAGGGACGACGACGCAAUGGACUGGUCUAGUCGUAUGCAUGAAACUGCCAAGGUGGACGACGUCGACGCUGACAUGGCAUAUGCAGUGUUUGUGUCGUACAUUGAAAUCUACAACAAUUAUGUGUAUGACCUCCUGGAGGACAAUCCGAUUGACCCUCUCAAGACAAAGCAGCUGCAGUCAAAGAUGCUGCGAGAAGAUUGCAAGCGCUCUGUCUACGCCUUUGGGGUGACUGAGGUUGAGGUCAAGAGUGCCGAUGAGGCAUUUGACGCUUGGUGCAGAGGACAGAAGCGCAAGCGCAUCGCCCACACCGCCCUCAACGCGGAGUCGAGCAGGAGCCACAGCGUCUUCAACAUCCGGCUCGUUCAGGCUCCCCUCGACGCUCAGGGCCUGGAUGUAAUACAGGACAAGAAUGCAUUGCUCAUCAGCCAGCUUUCGCUUGUUGAUCUUGCUGGCAGCGAACGCACGGACAGAACUGGCAACACAGGUCACAGGCUAAGGGAAGCAGGAAACAUCAACAAUUCCCUCAUGGUCUUGCGCACAUGCAUUGAAAUCCUGCGGGAAAACCAGACCACUGGGUCGAACAAGAUGGUGCCCUACAGAGACACAAAGAUUACCCAUCUCUUCAAGAACUUCUUCGAUGGUGAAGGCAAAGUUAGGAUGAUCGUCUGCCUGAACCCACGGCCAGACGACUACGACGAGACCUUUCACGUGAUGAAAUUUGCGGAGAUGGCUCAGGAGGUCCUUGUUCCGUGCGCCUCUCCGGCGACACCAGCAGCAGUGCAAAAUCUCCGUACCGGUCGCAGACGGCCCAUCUUGCCACGUACAGCGAAGUUUGGCGGCAGCCUAAAAGAGCUUUCCACGUUGCCACCACCAGAGAUCCCGAGGGAAGUAAUCUGUGUGCCGGAGCUGCAGAACUACUUGCUCAGUGAUCCCUCAGACGGUGAAGUCCUCAAGCGUAUGGACGAAUGGCUUACCCAGAAGAUCAUAUUCAAGAAGGAUGUCAAAGCAAACAACAUGGCCCAGGCUGAGGACCUCAGGAGGCAGAUCAUGCAAAUGGAAGCAGAGAACGGCGUCUUGAAAGAGGAGCACAAGGUGCUGCGGAUGGACCUGAAGGCGCGAGAGCAGCAGGUGAUUUUGCUCGAGAAGAAGCUGUCCAACGCGGAGCAGUCUGUGCAGGCACUCAACCUAGAGCUGGAAGGCAUGUUCCGCCAGAAGAAGACUGUGGAGAACAUGCUGGACGAGAAGCAGAUGCAGCUGAACAAGGAGGCCAUGCAGAAAGUCCAGAUGCAACACCGUAUGCAGGAGCAGAUCCAGCUGGAGCGGGAGCGCAUGAAGCGGGCCAUGAAUCAGCUGCUGGCCGACAAGCAGGCCGAACUGGAGGCCAAGCUGAGCGUCAACCAUGAGAAGUUCCGCAUCUUGCGCGAAGUGCUCAAUAGCGCCGACUGGGACGUGCCCGCCGCUGCCGCUGUCGCCGCUCACAUUGAACCGUCCGCACCCCCCAUGUCAUCCGAGAAUGGCAUCGCGACUCGCUCCGGCGUGGCCACCAGAAGAUCAGCAGCUGGAAUGUCUCCAGCUACAUCUGAGCCCAGGCUUUGUGGCACACCAAAGGCCGCCAUGACUCCGACGACGCGUCACAGGCGUUCCAGGUCUUCUGGUGCAGAGAUGUGGGUGGACCACAAGCCAGCUGGUACCGUCGAUACCGGCGCGGUGAUGCAGCCAGUGAUGAAGAAGAAGAAGUCGGUGGGCAAGCUGGGUGUGAAGGACGUCACCAAGGGGGCGUCAAAGUAUGCACUGUUGCACCAGGAGCAAGAUGCAGGUGGCGAUGUGGAGGAACAGCUCUACAAGGGAGACGUGAUCCCUUCCAUGACUGGUGGGGCUCAAGUGGUCUUCAAUGAAGUGGAAACAGUGAAGCACUUGUCGCCAACUUCGAGUCAGCUCAGGAAGCGGAGCAAUGGACGAGCAGCACGUGAUGAGGAUGACGACUACGUGUCGGCUCGUUGCUCAGUGUCCGUUGAAGGUCAUCCUCAUCCUUCUGUGAUAAAACGAUCAAGAGUGUGAAACCUUUGGAACGUCUACGUCAUGUUGGCCUGUGCCGAUUUUACUGCUGUACAUAACUGCGACAAGGAUCAGCGUGUCCUAGCGAUUCGCAAUUAAUUUUAUUCUUCAAAUAAAGUGUUUUUGAGGAUGAA